AGAUUCGAAGCUUUUAGGUGGCGUUUUUUUACAGACGAUCUAGUUUUCUUCGUCACUCCAGUCACUCACAGGCUGUCAGUUAGACUGAUGGUAAAUUUUCAAAUUAGCUUUGUCGUGUCGUGUCUGACUUCACUUGGAAAAUGAGAAGGAAACGAAAGAGCAAUUCUGGUCCUUCACCAAAGAGAAAUCGAGUAGAUACUGAUUGUCUGGUGGUUAAUAAUGUUGAUCUACCAACAAAUGACUUGGAAUCACCUGGUGAUGGUGACCCAUUGAACAACCUAGAAAGUCCAGAUUCAAACCCUGAUUUGCUGAACAGUGUUCACACCUCAUAUACUGCUUUACAAACAAAACGUUUAGAGUACCCUGAACAGUACUUCAAAUUCCACAAAUGUGGAAACAAGCCAGGAAAUUCCCUAUACAAAUGUAUGGUAGGUGACUGUCAGUCGAAAGAAAAAAUUCUUUCAACUACAGAUAAUUCAAGAGGCAACCUCAGGAAACACAUCAAGACAUGUCAUGGCAAUUCUCUAGAGAAGUUUUCUCGUCUGUGUAGAGAGAUUGAUGUUAAAUCUAGUGGGAAGUCAAUCGGUGAAACUGCACCACCACACAAAGAGUCUACUCAGUUGAAACUGUCAUUUGAAGGAUAUCCAAAGGCCUUAACACAAGCUUUGCUUGAUUCCUACGUCGGAUCUAGUCUGAAGGAAAAUUCCGUUGCCAAUGACUCUUUGUACAGUUCCUCAUCCAAAGAUAAAAGUAUACCACCCACAUCAAAAGGAUUUCUUAAAAUAUACACAAAAACUGGAGAUAGUGGAAUGACAUCAACAUUUACGGGAGAAAGGCGUGCUAAGGAUGAUAACAUAUUUCAGGCACUAGGUGCAGUGGACGAACUUGCUUCCUGUAUAGGGCUUGCAAGAGAAUUUGGUUUGGAAAAUGGCCACCCAUACACUGACCAUCUUCAAAGAAUCCAGUGUAUUUUGCAAGAUGUAAAUGCCUGUAUAGCAACACCAUAUUCUUCAGCUCGUGAAGCACAUUUGAAGAAAACAGAAUUUGACUCUGGGCAUGUUGAGGAAGUAGAAGAAUGGAUAGAUUCUUACACUAAUCACCUUCCACCUCUGGAAAACUUUAUUCUGCCAGGUGGAGGAAAAGCAAGCUCGUCACUUCAUGUUGCUCGAACAGUUUGUCGAAGAGCCGAAAGAGCUAUUGUACCCAUUGUUCGAGAGCAACAUAUAAACCCAGAAACACUUAAAUACGUCAAUCGUUUAUCUGACCUGCUGUUCACCUUAGCGAGGUAUGCCGCCAAACUGGAUGGAAGACAAGAAACUGUCUACAUUAGACCUGGCAAAAAAUGAAGUGUAUUCCAUUUUGAACGUAGGCUUCAGUUUUGAAAUGUGCACACCUCCGUAAAGAAUUACAGGACACAAUGUUGAAACAUGAAAAUUUGCAAGGUUAUUAUAUCAACAGAAUGUAUAGUAUUUUUAAGUAAAUUUAAAUGAUGCAUAUUAAAGGUUGUUAUAGUGUGCAUCAAAUGUGUUUCAAACCAACCUAUCUACAUCGGCUUAUAGCAGUUGUUGGUUGGGGGGUUGGGUUGUUGGUGCGGGUUUUGUGGAAUAUGAAGGGUGAAGUUAUACUUGCGACAAUGUACAAUUGAACUAUUAAGUUUUACGGAAUAUAAAAAGGUUUGUUCAAAA